GCAGUUAUGGCAAAAGUACUUACUUCAAUGUCUCUAUAGAUGAUCUUUUUGUAUAUUUAUUUUUAGUUGUAGAUCUUUUGAAGACUUCUCAAAAAUAUGUUUGAAUUGUAUACACAUUGAAAGUGGGCAUUGUGAAGAUAGAUCUUAACUUUGUUAAUGUUAUGCAGAUUUUUUUUUACUUAUGGUUUUUAUUGGGCAUUAUGGAUUUAAGGUUUAUGAAGUUUCACUUUUAAAAUUGUACAAAUUAAAGAAGCUCUCUCGACAUUUUUUAUUUGAUGUUCCUGGAUAAUUUACUACACUAAUCUUACAAGAGUAAAACCAAAAGUUUGUUAACAAUGAAGCAUAUAAAAAGUUGGUUGAUGUCAAAUUCAGAACAAGAUGAAAGAGCUGAAACUCAGAAAAAGGCAUUUGGAAAGUGGAUAAACUUUAUUCUCAGAAAGGGUGGAAAGGCGCUUGAGGUGAAAGAUGUCAUUCAGGACCUUCAAGAUGGAACUGUGUUGCUUGCACUACUGGAAGUUUUAACAGAGAAAAAAUUGCGACAAGAAAAGGGCAAAAUGCGUGUACAUAAAAUCAACAAUGUAAAUAAGGUAUUAGAAUUGCUACAGGGAUAUGAUACAAAACUUGUCAACAUACGUAGUGAAGAAGUUGUGGAUGGAAAUAGCAGACUUAUUUUAGGUCUGGUGUGGAACAUAAUAAUGCAUUUCCAGUUUAAAGCUGCAAUACACCAAACAAUGGGUAGUGCUGAAACAAACAGUGAGUUGGAAAAAUCACUCCUUAACUGGUGCAGACAGUGCACUCAAAGGUAUCGAGAAGUUGAUAUCCGCAAUUUUACAACAUCAUGGCGGGAUGGUCUAUCAUUUAAUGCAAUUAUUCACUACCAUCGACCAGACUUGUUUGAUUAUCAAAAGAUCCUGGGAAGACCGCCAAAUAUAAAUCUUGCACAUGCAUUUGAGAAGGCUAGGACUUCAUUAGGUGUUCCUUCUUUACUUGAUCCUGAAGAUGUGAACAUUGACCAUCCCGACAAAAAAUCAAUAAUAAUGUACGUCUCUGCUAUGUAUGAAGCAUUAUCCAAACAAAAAGAAACAGAAAGCGAAGGUUCAGAACUAGAACAACAGGCUGCAAGGUCGGGUAGUCCAACACCAUCUUCUGUCUCAAAUAUGUCAGAGUGGGAUGAUUAUAACGAAACACUUACCCAAGUCUUAACAUGGCUUCUUCAUGCAGAAACACAGUUAAAUCAGCAAGAACCAGUUUCUGUUAAUGUUGACCAAGUGAAGGAGCAGUUUCGAGAACAUGAGGAAUUUAUGAUGGUAUUGACGUCACAUCAAACAAGCGUGGGAAGUGUCCUUGAGUUUGGAAGUCAGCUAAUUAAUGAAGGAAUUGUUAUUGGAAAGGAAGAGAAGGAUAUACGAGAACAAAUGGCAGUGCUCAGUGAUAGGUGGGAGAAUUUGCGUGUAUCAGCAAUGCAAAGACAGUCAGAACUGCACCAGCACUUGAUGAAACUACAACAGAAGCAGUUAAAAGAGUUAGCUGAUUGGUUAACAAAGGCUGAAAGUAAAAUGUCAUCAGCUGGUCCUAUUGGUUCUGAUUUGGAAACUGUAAAACAACAAGUGGAAGAACACAAAAGAUUUCAAGAAGAUCUGGAGAGUCAACAACAACACGUUAACUCCUUGAGUCACAUGGUUGUUGUUGUUGAUGAAUCAGAGUCGGAAAACGCCACAGCGGAUUUGGAGGAACAACUUGCAACUUUGGGUGAAAGAUGGUCAGCUGUAUGUAAAUGGACAGAACAUAGAUGGGCUCAUCUCCAAGAGAUUCUAACCAGUUGGCAAAAGUAUCGAAAUGAAGAGCAGCGUUUAAGUGACUGGUUGUUUCAGAAAGAAAAAGCUUUGAAAGAUAUUUCAGUAAUAGACAUGGGUGACAAGAACGAAAUUGCAAAGCAAUUGGAUAAGCUCAAGGAGCUCGAAUUUGAGUUGACGCAACAGCAGAAUUCAUUUGGAGAUUUUAACCUUGCUGCGCAAAGUGUUGCACAAACAAUGGAAGAAGAUUCACCUGCAAUACAGGGAAUACAAGACACAAUGGAGGAUUUUAAUCAACGAUGGAAUACUAUUGCAAGCAUGCUAAAUGCAAAAACAAAACAUUUUAAGGGAAUGGAAGAUCAACUGCAAUCAUUUUUGAAAGAGUUAGAAGAAAACUUGUUGUGGAUUUCAGAUACAGAACUACUAUUAAAUCCUCAAAUGAACCCCCAAAAAGAACUUGUUGAGUCACUUGAGCAAGCUGUGCAGAAAAGACGAACUAGCAUCCUGGUUUUGUGUACCAAAGGAGAAGAAUUGGUGAAACAGACCCGAACUGCCGGUCAAUCUGUUGUAGGGCUACAACAAUACAUCAACAGCUUCAAUGAGAGAUGGGAGGCACUUAGUCGCAAUUUAAGCAAUCAAAAAAAUGUAAUUGACUCAUCCGAGAAAAAGAAAGUAUUUAUUGAGGAAACCCAGAAAAUACUCAUAAUGAUAACUGAAAUUGUGACCUAUGUGGAAACACUAUACAUAGAAUUGAAAAAUAAUCCAAAGGAAAGAUUGAUAAGAAUUGAGAUCAAGUUGAAAGAACUUGCACAGUGUCGUACCUCAUUAGAAAAAAUGUUAAUGGAAAGUAAACACAUCCCUGAUCCGGCAUUAAAGUCAGCUAUUGAAAUGGAAGUAAAAACUGUUACACAAAAGCUGCAAGAUGUUGAAAUUUCUUUACAAGAAAAACAAAAGGCUACUGUAGAAGUCAUUCAAAGUACGCCACCACCUGAAUUUUUGAAUCACAUGGAAGCUAUUCGUACCGUAGUUGACGAGGUUUUUCCAUUUGUCAGUAAAGAGUUCAAGUAUAAUGAAAUUAGAAGAAUGCAGGAAUUAGCAGAAAAUCUUAAGACAAAAUUGCAGAAGCUUCAUGAUCAAGAAAUCAAUUUGAAAACACUAACUAAGCAGCAAAAAGAAAUGUUGCGAAACUUAUCUCCUGAUAAGAUACAAAAGUUUCAAAAACAGUUGACUGACCUCGGAAGACAAUGGUCAGAUUGUAAAAAUAUUACAGAAGCUCGCCUUCAACGUGUAAACGAGGCUGUGACACAAACAAAGGAAUUGGAAACUGCAAUGGGAGAAACCUUUAACUGGAUGGAUGAUGUUGACAAAUUUUUGGAAGAAAUCACUGGGACGAUUGCUGAAGGAGAUGCCGAAACAAUUGAAUCUCAAGUUCAAGAAGUAGAGGCUUUACAACAAGACAUUGCCACAGUGCAGAAGAAAGUUGAUUCAUUGAUCGAAACCUGUAACUUGAUUAUUAACCGAUCUGAGCCAGAGUACUCCUCUGCGUUAAAGGUGAAGCUGACUAGUUUAAGUGAAAGAUGGUCUGGUAUCAUUGCAACCACUGAGAAGCAGAAGGAAAACUUACGAAAUGCUGGUUUAAAAUUCCAGGAAGUUGACGCAGGUGUUAAAGAAAUUCUGCAAUAUUUGAAAGGAUUGGAAAAUAGUUUUAAGAAUGAAAAUUUGAGCAAGCUGGACAAAAUUUCCCUAAAAUCAAAGUUAGAACAAUAUGAGGUUAUUGAUGCUCAGUUAAAAGCUAAGGGUGUUAUCAUUAAAGACUACACCAACAUUGUCCAACAAUUAAUCUCAUCAGCACCUAGUGACGCAGAAACUCCUCCUGUUGUUAAAGAUUUGGAAUUAGCAAGCAAAAUGUUUGUCAAUGUCUCUUCUAGUACUAAGGAUAUCAAUGUUAAACUUGUGAAAGGAAAAAAGAGUAUGGAUGAUUUUGAUGGCUUAUUGUCAACUCUAUACAGAUCAAUGGAAUUACUAGAUGCAGCCAUUGCAAAGUCUUCUGAGAAACUUGAUGGCGAUGAUAACGAAUUGCAAAAAUGUUUAGCUGUAUUAGAUGAGGUUUCUAAGAAGCUAAAACCUGAGGAAACUGUGAAGGUUGAUGAGCUGGGUGCUACCAUAAUAAAAAGUGAUAUUUGCACUUCCACAGUUCACAAUAUGUUGGGUGAUUAUAAAUCUCGCUUGGAUGACACUAAAGAAAGAUGUAAAAAGGUGCAACAUAUACUUGAAGGUGAACUGAUGAAGCGCCAACAGCUUCGAAAAGAUCUUGUGAACAUCAAUGAUUGGCUUACUAAAGUGGAAAAAGAUGCUGAUGAUCGUAUAAAUGGAAACAUUGAUACUUCAGAUGAAUAUAUUGAUGCAUUUAAAGAGGAGAUUUCUCUGAAUGAAGCAUUAGUCUCAUCUGCAGAGAGAUCGAUAAAGGAACUUCUGAAUACAGGAAAACCUGCCAAUCACCAGGAUCUUUUGGACAAACUAGAUGGUGUAAAAUCAAGGUGGACGAAAUUACUUGAGACAUUUGAAGUAUUAAAAACAAGGCCCAGGCAAAAAGAAUUGGAAAUGAAAUUUGCAGCGUUAGAAGGUAGUGUUCUUUCAGACAUUGAUAAUUUGAAAAGGAAAUCAAAAAAGAUUAAACUAGUUUCACCUGAAGUCAACGAAAUCCAUAUCGCUGUCGAAAAUUUGGAGGAACUUGCUAAGGGGUGUGAUGCUAUCCACAAUGAUAUUCAGACAAUUAAAUCUUAUGCAAAAGAUUUAUCCACAAAAAACAGCAGUGGAAUUGAACAACAAGUGAAGCAAGUUGAGCAAGACUUCGAAAAAGCUAAGGAAAUGUUGAAGAGCAAAGAAAAGGUAUUCGCAGAUGCACUUCCAUUAUCAGAAUCAGUGUAUGCCAAUCUUGAAAGUCUAGAUGUUUGGUUAAAGAAAACCAGUGAGAGUCUUCAAGGUGUCGUUUUGCAGCCUCUCCCUGUCACGCCAGAAGAAAGCAUUAACGUUGUACAAGGGAUUGUUAAAUCAGUAAAUGAAAAAGCGAAUGAUACACAACAACUAUGUAGCAAUGCAUCACAUUUGGCAAAAAUGUCUGAAGAGCCUGCAUUUGUAGCCAUGGAGACUCGAGUUCGUGACAUACGUGAGGUAUACCUUGACAUCAAACAGGAGUCCAGUGACAAGCUAAACACACUGCAAAAUUGGGUUCAAGAGCUUGAUGAUUACGAAAAGAAAGUUGACGAGUUAAAUGUUUGGAUCGAUAGUAGAUUAAGCAUGUUAGAUACUAUCGGUGGGAUGUCAGCUAAGUUUGACCUUGAGAUGGAACUAAACAAACUGAAGGGUCUUAUGUCACUUAUAACCUCUAAAGAGUCAGAUUUGGAUUCAUUAAAGAGUCGAGGGGAUGAGAUUGCAAAUAAGGGAAAUUCAAGUAUUGUCGAGCCUUAUGAGAAAAAAAUUUAUAAACGAUGGGAUGAUAUGGAAAAAAAAUGCAACGAUGUUGAAGCAUCACUUCUUUCCAAAUUGAAAGAAAUUCAAAAUGCAGAGCAGCAACCGCCAGUAAAACAACGUAGGGUGUUAGCAGAAGAAGAGGUUAUUAUUGACGAACCUGUUGAAAUAGUGGAAGUUGAGUCUGCUCCAGCAGAAUUAAUUCCUGACGACGAUGAGGUAAUUGUACCAGUAAGUUCUGCUAAUGUGGAGUCAAUCCCUGAACCGAUAGAACCAUCGACUCCCACCGUGGCAACAUCACAGGGAAUAAAAAUUAACAUUACAUCCAAGUCGACUAAAAAUAGAGUACAGCUAAGCUUCUCAUCAAGACCAGCAACAAAAAAAUAUCGAGCAGAAAAGAAAGUCAACUUCCAACAAAGUGUAGAAGAAAUGAUACUCGAGAUUGAAGCACUGGAGGCUUCACUUCCAGACCUUAAGACAAGUAGUGAAGAUGGAAUCAUGAGCUUGGAAAUGAAUGUCGAGAAAUUGGAGGACCAAUUAAGUGAGUUGCAACCUGACUUUGAAAGUAUGAUGGACGAAGCGAAUGAUGUGUUAAAGGGACUUGAUGGUGAUGAUGCGAAAAAGGAACCCAUUCUUAAACUUUCACGUAAAAUUAGCACAUUACAUGCAGACUUAGCACAUCGCAGACAAAGUUUAAAAGAUGCAGACUUUAAGUUCUCUCAAAUGAAGAACCAUAUUUCUAAGGUGGAAUUGUGGCUAGAUCGUACUGAAAAACUGCUGCAAAAAGAAAAAAAUGCAGAAAAACUUAAGGAAAUCGAAGAUACCAUUGAGCAGCAUGCAGCUGAAUUGGAGGCAGUCAACAUCAGAGCUGAGCAGUUAUCUGGUGUUUGCGCUGACUCCAUUAUUCCUAAGAAACAUAUUGCUACUUUAAAUAAAAGGUUCAAUACAGUUGCUUACAAAUUUGAAAAAUAUCAAAGUGCUGAAGAAAAAGUUACAACAUAUAAGAUAAGCGUUGAAACUGGUGAUCUUGCAGACGCUGAAACACGUUCUAAUGUACACAUUAAACUGUUUGGUGAGUACGGUAACAGUGACCAGUUGCAAUUGCGUCAAUCGGAAACAAAACGAAAAAAGUUUCAACCUGGACAAGUUGAUUUGUUUACGUUUAAGAAUCAACCAUGGUUAGGAAAGCUUUCUAAAUUAAGAGUUUGGCAUGAUAACGAAGGAACAAAUCCUGCGUGGUAUUUAGCAACAAUAUAUGUUCUUGAUGAGCUCUCUGGUCGUUUGUUUUGUUUUGUGUUCAACUCGUGGUUAAGUAAAGAGGCUGGAGCUGUAUUAAAAGAGAUACCAGUAAAUGGCAUGGCAUUGUUUCAAGAGACAUCACCAGACUUUAUGAUAAAAAAGCAUAGAACAACUGAUGUUCGGUGGCUUUUUGAUAAAUUCAGUGUUCCUGCACCUGACUCUAAACUGAAACCGUACAAAGAAAUUGUAUCAGAUAUUAAGAAAACAAUUGAAACCAUUGAAAACAUAGAGAGCAAAUUGAACCAACCUUGUUUCAUCGGUAAACCUUUUGAUGAGUUUAGUAAACAAGAGGAAUUAUUGCAGGAUGUAGAAACAUCUAUUAACAAGUUGGAUCCAACUGUAACUCACUUAAUGAUAAUACGCGAGCAAUAUUUGCCCAAAUGUAAACAAGAAGAAAUGGUGGAAAUUGAUGUAAAUCUGACAGCAAUGAGAACAAGAUGGAAUGCUUUGAACAAGGAGUUUAAAAACCGCCAUGUUGCUUAUGAUAAAAACGUUGAUUUGUGGAAAACUUUCCAUGGAGAUCUGGACACCAUUUUAUUGUUCUUGAGUGGAGUUGAGAAUCAGUUAUCGUCCGGCAGACAGAACUAUGAAGAGGCGAAGGAAAUUCAAAAUGGCUUAAAUUUGCACGAAGAUAGAUUAAAUUCACUGAACCUACAAGCUGAUGAUAUCAUCUCGCAGUCUUCAGACCAAGAAAGACAAAUAUUGCAGCAAAAAUUGGAUGUACUUAAUACAAGAUGGAAUAAAGUUUCAUCCAGUGUGAAUGACCAAAAAAUGAGUUUCAUUUUGGAUGAUGUGCAACUGAAGAAGUACAUCCAGGGAUCAGACGAGUUAAAAUUGAAGCUUGACAAGCUAUACGAUGUUGUGUUCCAUGAAAAACCACACCCUGUUGAUGAAGAUGAACUGGAAACAUACUUGAAAAAACUAAAGAAUGGGGAAGAAGAUAUUUCAGACUUGCAAAAAGUUAUGUUUAAUUUAAAGAACGAUGCAAAGAAGAUUCUUUCUCGAACAGAUCUUUCUUCAUCUCAACUUAAUGAAAUCAAAUCACGUGGUGACAGCCAACAACGACAGUGGCAGGAUGUUUGCUUAGGACUAGGGAAACGCAGAGGCGUAGUAGAAGAUAAAUUAUCAAGAGCUUCUAAGUUUCUUGAAGAGUUGGAAGAAUUAUCCGUGUGGAUGUCAGCUACAAGAGAAUUGCUGCAAGGUCAACAACAGGGCAAGCCUGGUUUCCACGUCGAUCCAGAGACAAUCAAAUUGGCGUUAGAAACAAGAAAAGCCAACGUGGAAUCCAUCAACAGGUUAUUGACUGAAUUCAAAGCUGAGGGCGAACUAGCGAGCGGCCAAUUCCCUUCAGAUGUCGCAGCAAAGAUCGCUCGUUUAAAUGCUGAUUGGCAGGUGAUCAUCAGAUUAGCGAUUGCGCUAAAAGAUCGACCUGUUAGUGAAGAGAUGGUGGUUGCAGAAUCGCUACAAGAACGUGAAUCAGCCGCACCCAUGUUUGAAUCAGCUAAUGGCGACUUCAGUAUGGAUGCAACUGAUCAAUCUCCAACGAGUCCGUUUGAUAAAAACGUUGCUCAACUUCACGAUUGGUUAAAAUUGAUCGACCACAAAUUGAAAGGUUUGACAACAGUGGUUGGUGAUGAUGAUGACAUGGAUUCGUCACUGCAAAAACAAGCAUCGAUUCAAAUGGAGAUGGAAAACAGAAAAAGCGAUCUUGAGGACAUAAUAGAAAUGGCUGCUGCAUUAAAUAUGGAAUGUGAUAACGAAAGUCUAAAUUAUGCAGUAGAUGAUAAAAUCUCAAAACUGAAAGAGCACUGGGAAACUGUAUGGGAGAAAGUGAUAGGACAAAGGCAUUCACUUGAAAAAUUGAUCGGUGAUUGGAGACGAUACAACGAGCUGAGACUGCAGCUUGACAACUGGUUGUACAAAGCAGAAGUGCAGCUGAGUGAGAAUAGAAAAGUUGGGACCACUGUUACUGAACUUGAAGAACAACAAGUUAAACAUAAGAAUUUCCAUCAAGAAUUGAACACGUGGUCAGGCAACUAUAACAGUCUACGUUUACUUUGUGAAAACUUGCUACGUGAGCACACGCAACACAACCUCAAUCGAUUUAAAGCAACUUGGGACGAAAUCAACACACGCUGGAACGAAGUUGAACAGAGUUCAAACACACGCCAGCAAUCUCUACAAGACGCGUUGGACCGUCUCUUAGUUUUCCACAAAAACAUGAUCUCCGCCCUCACAUGGCUGUCGUCGGCUGAGUCGAAAGUCGCCGAACUCGACUCCCUUGUCGAGGCGAGUCAAGCAGAAGAUUCAAACGACAUGGAAGAGUUACAAAGAGAAAUGUUGGAGCUUGAAGAAGAUAUAGCUUCACAUCAAGUCAUGUUCCGCAGCUUAAACGAAACAGGAAAUCAGAUCAUGGUAGACUUAGAAGCAGGCGAAGUCCGAACUGCUCUCCAAUCGAAACUUGAUGAUAUGAACGAUCGCUGGAAUAGUUUAGGUGUACGUGUUCUUGACAUCAGAGACAGAAUGUCGGACGGUAAUGGAGAGUGGAGACAGUUAUUGCUCGAUAUGCAGGAGAUUGUCGAUUGGUUAUCACGAGCCGAUCAGGAACUAAUGUCUCAGCAACCAAUCGGCUCCGACAUUACGACGGUACAGCAACAAAACGAAAAACACGAGGAUUUUAAGAGUAAACUAAACGUGAGAAGAGUAGUUAUUGAACAAGCUUUGGAUCAAGGACACAGCUUUUUACUCAAACAUCAAGCCCAAACACAAGAUCCGAAUUAUUUGGCGCGAAACGAUCACAAUUUGGCCCUGCGCGUGGCAGGAAACCUGCAAACCCAGCUUGAACGCAUCGAAUCGCAGUGGCAAGAUUUGAGACUGACUUCUGAUAAGUGGCAACACGCGAUCAAUGCUGUACUUGAGCUCAUGAAUCAAUUGCUGCACGACAUCGAGACUCUCAACGCACGGCUAACUCAAGCAGAACAACAAGUGAAUCACUGGUCACCUACGCCAGAAACUGUUGCUGAUAAUAUCCACAUACAGUUGGACGAAGUCAAGAACCUUCAUGAACAGUUGGCUAACCUCGAGCCCCAGUUUGACAAUAUGAACGGCACAGCAAAAGAAAUUCGACAUAUCCACGGUGUUUCGUUAGCCAACCGAACGGAACAUAUUAUGGACCAGCUCCAGGAACGCUGGAAGCAGUUGCUAGGCGACACCCAAACACGUCAGCAAAACCUGCAAAACUUAAUGGCGGAUGGGGAUGUUCAAAAUGGUACCUCCUCCUCUCUUCAAGGUAGCGUUUUGGCGCCAUGGGAACGAGGCCAAGCUAUAAAUAAAGUACCGUAUUUCAUAAACCAUGACACAAAAACAACACAGUGGGACCAUCCUAAAAUGAACGAUCUCUAUCAGACGUUAUCGGAACUGAACGAUGUUAAAUUUGCUGCGUACAGAACUUCGAUGAAGCUGCGGUGUAUUCAAAAAGCAUGUUGUUUGGAUUUGGUGGACAUGAACAGUUGUGUAACCAACGCAUUUGAUCGUCACCAAUUGACUGGAAACGAAAACCUUAUUGACGUUGGUGAAAUGAUUGACGUGCUUUUGACGAUAUUUGAAAGCGUCGAAAAAGCGCGAAAAGAUGCCAUCAUCGUCCCACAAUGUGUCGACAUGACGCUAAACUGGCUGCUUAAUGCUUAUGACAGUGGACGCAUUGGUAAAAUUCGUGUUCUGUCAUUCAAGAUUGGUAUUAUCUUAUUAUCACGUGCUAAAUUGGAAGAUAAAUGGAAAUAUUUGUUCCGCCAAAUUUCUGAUGGAACUGGCCAUACUGACUCAAAGAAAUUGGGAUUACUUCUCCACGAUUGUGUUCAGAUUCCCCGACAACUUGGUGAAAUUGCGGCAUUUGGUGGUAGUAACAUCGAACCGAGCGUCAGAAGCUGUUUCGAAAAGGCUAAAAAUCAAUCUUAUAUUGACGCUAGUAAUUUCGUUGAUUGGACGGCAGCCGAACCACAGUCCUUAGUAUGGAUGCCAGUGUUGCACCGACUCGCUGCAGCAGAAACUGCGAAACACGAUGCGAAGUGCAGUAUAUGUAAAGAAUAUCCCAUUGUCGGCUUCCGUUAUCGUUGUCUAAAAUGUUUCAACUAUGAUCUGUGUCAAAGUUGUUUUUGGUCUGGUCGUGUUUCAAAGAGCCACAGAAUUACUCACCCAAUGCACCAGUAUAGUUUAGCUACGACCACGGGAGAAGACAUGUCAGAUUUUGUCAAACUCAUGAAAAAUAAAUUCAAAUCACGACGUUAUAGAAGUCGACCUCCCAAAAAACUCGGUUAUUUACCUGUGCAGACUAUUAUGGAGGGAAGCACCAUUGAAACACCAUCAAUUCCUUCAACUCCAGAUAUGAAUAAUUUUUCAUUUCAAAGUAUGAAUGGUUCAGCUUCACCUGACUCUACCAGACAACACAUGGAAGAAGUGGCUGAAGAGCAUAGACUAAUUCAACAAAUGUGCAACAGUUUAAACGGAGACUUAAACACUGUCACCAACACGCCAAAGAGUCCAUCGCAGAUUCUUGCAGCAUUAGAUAUUGAUCAACAACAAGACAUUGACGAAAGAAUACGUGGCUUAGAAGAAGAACACCAAGCGCUUCAAUCAGAAUAUAGCCGAUUAAAAGAGAUUCGAACUAAUAGUUCCGAAAAUGGUAGCCAAUGUAAUGGAACCGACGGUGUGCGCGAUGCCGAACUGAUAGCUGAAGCAAAAAUACUUCGUCAGCAUAAAGGAAAACUCGAAGCGAGGAUGCAAAUACUCGAAGAUCACAACAGACAACUCGAAGCACAGCUACGACGGCUUAGACAACUACUUGAACAGCCUCCCUCUGAACGCGAUCGUUCCGUUGGAAACGUUCAGUCACCACCAUCACCGUCAAGAGUAACGCCGGCUUUGACGCCGUCAUCGUCGUACCACGGCUCCCCCGAACUGUACAGACGCGGCAUGUCGAGCACUCCGUACUCAGCUGAAAAUGCUAUUGAUAUACACCAGGUUACAACUCAAAUUGAACACGCUUUUCCAGUGGAUUAACAUUUCUUAGGCAAUUUUUCUCAUGUACGUCUAUUUUGUUUUUGUUAAUAAAACACUAACCCGCAGUUUCUUUAAUAAAAAUGUUAAAAGAAUUUGUGGGUAUUGUAUAUUUAUAUCCAUUUUCAUAUUUUUGUAAUUUGUA